CCCAACAGUUGCAUGUCGGUUGGAUUGAUUAUCCAUUGAUUUCGCAGCUGCAGGUGGCCUUCAUAAUAAGCUGCCGCCAUUGAUAUUGCCAUGUCUGGUUCUGACAGUAACAAGAUUGGUAUUCUGAUCGUUGGUUUGGGUGGCAACAACGGUGUGACACUGUUGGCCGGUCAUACAGCAGCAAAGCAUGGUUUGUCGUGGGAGUCAGGAGGUUGUCCCGGAAAAGGCCGAGUGUCAGCGCCCAAUUGGGGCGGAUGUAUCACUCAACUGCCACCCAAAGGAGUUCAUGGUGGAGUUGGCUUUCAGGGUGUUUAUGAUUUGGCCAGUGCUCAGGAAGCGGCUGUAGGAGGUUGGGAUAUUCGGCCAACUCCUUUGGGUGAUGCUUUGUAUGAGUGUCGUGUUCUCGACUAUGAUUUGGUCCGACAAGUCAGAGAGGAAAUGAACUCCAUGGAAAUCAAGAAAGGAAUCUACAACUCCACGUUUCUGGGAGAGACACAGCAUGCGACAGCCACACAUAUUGUGGACACUGCUAGUCUUUCCUUUUGGCAGCAAGUGGAACACAUUCGAAAGGAUAUUCGAGAUUUCAAUGCCGCACAGCAAGUCACUGGUCACACCACUGUCAUUUGGAGUGCCAGUGUCGAACGGCCCGCUGAUGUGGCUCACAUUCAAACGGCACAACAGCUUUUGAAAAUCUUGAAAGAUACAGCAGCACAGGACAUUUCUCCAUCCAUGAUUUACGCCACUGCAGCUGCUCUAGAAGGAUGUUCCUUUGUCAACGGAGGAUCUCAAAAUACUCUCGGUCCUGCACUCAACUUUUUAUUUGAGCUAUCCUUUCGAACGACUCUACUCGAACAAGAACCAGACACAGCUACCAGUACCAAACCAGCAUACCUGCUGGGAACUGAUUUCAAAGCCGGACAAACCAAGUUCAAGACAGCCGCUGUUGAGUAUAUUCGAGCUUUGGGAUUGACUCCCAGGGUCAUUGCCUCGUCCAAUCACCUUGGAAACAAUGAUAUGCUCAACCUCACCAGUCAAACCACGCUCAAUGCGAAAAUGAGAGUCAAACAUUCCAUCUUUGGACCAUGGAACGAACAAGAUCUGGACCACCAGGUCAAGGUCAUGUACGUGCCCUUUAUGGGAGAUGAAAAACGAGACGUCGUCGAAUACACAUCUACCGCGUUUCUGCACCAAGAGCAUACCAUGUUGACGUACACUAGAUGCAUGGACAGUGUCCUGUGUGUGCCCCUCAUGAUCGACAGUGCCGUCUGGUGUGAUUUCUUUGCUCGACACAAUACAGCCAGCAAUCCCGUAGCCAAGGCAACCGCAUACCUGUUCAAAAUCCCAGAAGGAGGCGCUCAAGGCGUCGAUCCAGGCUUCCAUCAUCAAAUGGAAACUCUUCGAACAGUUUUAAAACAAGUCACCAAUGCUGCUGCUACCGAUGAUAAGAAAGGAGUCGACGAAUUGCUGCUCAAGGGACUGGCUGCUGGCAUUCUUUCUCAAGAACAAGUGAACCAGCUGAAAGCAUUGGCGUGAGAUGAGGUACCUUCUACUAUGGGUUCUUUACGGUACUGAUGCCGAUGUUUUGAUGCCCUGAUUGCCAGCCGGCUCUCUACUCUCUCUCUCUAUUGUUGCGUCGAAUGCCUACAACUAGCUCUAACUAGAAAGGCUGGUUUACUACUACCGCACGACAUUCAUCUGAUACCAGUAUCCUAACCUUCAGUAUGUUAGCAGUUACUUUAUUUACAAGUUAAUUAAUUGGAUGCACUUGUUGGCUGUUGACUAAUGAAUGUUGCAUGGAAUGAUUCUGAUUCAAUCGAAUGGCAUUCGACUGAGGCAAUCCAUACUUAAUUGGUUCGAUAAAUUCUUCGGAAAGAUGUUUGAAGGGUACCACAAAGUAUUGAUGGAGAAAAGACAAAGUAGCAAGCAGAUUGAGAUAGCCUCCUCCAAUUUGGCGUCACAUCAAUCUUCUUCCAUCUGAUUGAUUCAACUCCUUUGAAUGCCAUGGCAAGGCUCAUCAGAAGGAACAGGAACUUCGAGUUCAUAGUCUUCUUCUUUCUUCGAUAAGAGGAUAAUGCUGUGGAUGCUUUGUCGCACUUAUCUUGGCCAAAGGUCUUCACGACGCUUCAUCGAUGUUGGUUCAUUAGCGUGGGUCAGUUUCCGUGUUAGCGAUGGGAUUGUUGAAGCUAUUUUGUGCGCGUGGGGUGACCUAAGGUUUCAGCGUGGGAGUUGGAUAAUGUUGGCGCGGAAGCGCUCACUCAAUAAUCCCUCUAGUGCCGGUGCGGCUUUAGCUACCGGUACAGUAGCCAGCUUUACCAAUAAUAGCAGGUACUGUACUGUACGUACCGGUACACCCGUGGAGGAGGCAGGAUCCAGUCGAGCAGGAAGAUGAUUCGAUUCGAUUCGAUUCUGCGCUCAGGAAAGAGAAAGCAUCCGCCUAUGGAGGGUACCGGUAGGUCGAAUCACCAGUUCCAAAAAAGAAGAAGAAAAAAAAGAGGGGGGGGGGAGGUCAGACCCCCCAGUCAUGCAUGGCUUUCGGACCUCUAUAUCUCGGACAUCCAACCUUUAAAUCUAGACACCUCUUUGCCUUCCGUGAAAAAGGGUCGGACUUACUUUAUCUCUACUAUUAAUCUCAUUGUCGCUUAUGGGAAUGAAAAUUUCUUUAGUCUUGCCCACCGAUUUGAAAGUUUGCGCGCGAAAACCCUAUCCCUCAAUAUUUUUUGACGCAUUUUUGUUCUCCAAAUCGAAACCUCUCACAAUGAC